AUGCCGUACAAGGAUUGCUGCCGCAAAUGCCACAAGGACCCGACUCUGGCUACAUCAGAACAGAUGGCCAGGGCAAGGUUCUCGGCACUUGCCCUGAAGAAGUACGACUUCCUCUUGGACACAACCCAUUCGACGCAUGCAGACUUCAAGGUGGAUAGAGAGGCCUGGAAGAAGCAGAUAUCACGCAACAACAAGGGAUUUCGCUAUGUCGGCCUCAAUGUGACAAAGGCAGAAGAGCGUGACGAGGAGACGUAUGCAGUGACGAUUGAGGCUGCAGCAGAGCCUGAGAAAGUCUCGGAUGUCCCCAAGGUGCUGCUCAUGAGCGAAUGCUCUGUAUACAAAAAGGAAGAUCAGAUUUGGAAGUACGUGGUAGCAGAGGACAUGAAGAGGGAGGUCGUGGAAGGGGCUGGAUCUGCAAGGCAGUUGGCUGGUCAUUGA